AUGGGUAAUAAUAAUGCAAUAAGGGAGAAGCGGAACUCCUCGAUAAAAGCUCCCUUGAAUCAAAAAGCACAGAAAGCAAGAACAUUUAGUCUUUUGGAUGACUUCGAGUCCGGAAACAUCAAGCUCGAUGACAUAAUUCAACUUCCACAGGACACCCCUUUUGACGCCAAGAAGCAGCGCUUAAGUGACAAUACGUCUGGAUUUAAUUUUGAUCAAUAUCUUAUGAAUUUUGCGCUUCAGAGCUCAAUGGAAACGGAAUUUACAAGUGCGGAAAGUAACGGUGGAUAUAGCAGGAAGCCAAAGCUUGACUUUAAUAGUGUUGAAAAGACUACCGUGAAUUGUUAUGAUGAAAAGUCCAUCAUGAAAAUGUUUGACAUUCCAGAUGAGAAGCAGCGGUUGAUUAAAGUCGAUGAUAAUGAUGAAGAAAUUAAUAAUCUUGAUAUCCAGGUUCGAUCGAAUAAGUUCGAUAACUAUGCAGACAGCAAAGAUCACACGGAGAUUGACUUUGGAGAUGUUUUCGCCGAUAUCAUCAACAGUUCCUCUACAAAUGAUGACAGUCAGCUUGAAGGAGAUGAUAUAUUUGAUAAGCCGAACGAAAGGAACGAGCUGGAUGAUCUUGAAUUCAGUUUUGAAAAUGAAAAUGUUCCUACUAGCAUGUCUAUGUCAACGCAUGAGCUCAGGAAGCAACGCCAAGGUCAUCAUGAACAAAGGCAUGUAUCCAAUAGUGAAAGCAAGAAGGAGCAAGAGCUAAGAAAGAGAAAGAGCAGAAGUGCAAUAAAGCACCAGCGACAACCUGUAUACAAGAAAGGAGAAUUGGAAGAGGAAGUCCUAAGAGCGCCAAAAAAAAUAACAUCAGAUAUCAGUUUUGAUACAGAUGAGGAGCCAUUGUUUGAUAUAGGAGCACAGGCACAUCUCAAUGAGCUUGAGCCUCCCGAAAUUUAUGCAGAUGACAGUUAUUAUAGACUUGAACGACAGGUUUCAUCUAAAAGAUCCCCCGGAAGAGUGUGUACACCCGUUCAUAGGACAUUCAGAAAGCCAUCUAAACCGAGUAUAAAGGUCAGAGAGAAUCUUUUAAAUCUUAUAGUUGAAUCUUCCGAUGGAAACUUAGAUGAUGCCACUAAGUAUGCAACUGAGAUAAAUUCACAGAAUUCAUCUGGAAUUCCCCUUCCAGAGAAGACAACUGAACUAGUUACUAUACCAACUACGGGGCCUGCAAUUGGGGGAAUAAAGAAAGCAGCAAUAGUGCGAGCUCUGCUUGCAAAGGCAAGCCUAGAAGUCCAGAAAGAUCAUCACAGCAAUACUACAUCUAUGAAAGCACCUUUAAAGGAGAGCGUUUCACUUCAUGGUCAUCACGCGAAACAUGUAGGCUUUUACACGGCCAAUGAAAAAUUAAACUUUGUCAGAGAGAAUGUUGUUAAAUUCAGCACACCUGUUAAAUCUAGUCCCGAGCCAAAACUACAAAGUAUAGAAGUGGAUAAGGAAAAUAGAUCUCCGCUCAUUUCAAAGCUUAGGUCCAAGAUCAAAAGUCCGCAUAGAUCGUUGCUUCACAAUUCGCACAAUUCUGCGAUCCGUAGUCCAAUGGCCGGUCGCAAGAAAAGUCAAAAUGUAAAAUGGGCUUCUGUACUGGAGUGGUAA